AUGGCAAAUAGCAGCAUAAUGUCCAACUCCACCUCGAUGAUGGACUUUCUGCUCAUGGAGUUCUCUGACCUGCGGGAUCGACAGGUUUCCUAUGCCAUGUUCUUCUCUCUGAUUUAUCUGGUCACUGUAAUGGGAAACCUCAUCAUUGCUGUGGUCAUCACCCUUGACCAGAGCCUUCACACACCCAUGUACUUCUUUCUCAGAAACCUGUCCAUGCUGGACUCAUGCUACAUUUCUGUCACAGUCCCCAACUCCUGCAUUAACUCCCUGCUGGGCAGCAGCUCCAUUUCCAAAGCAGGAUGUGCGACUCAGGUCUUCUUUGUGCUUUUCUGUGCAUAUGUGGAGCUGCUGUUUCUCACCAUCAUGGCUCAUGACCGCUUUGCAGCCAUCUACAAACCCCUACAUUACACUUCAAUAAUGAAUCCUCGCCUGUGUGUCCACUCCACACUGGCCUCUCUGCUCAGUGGCCUGGUCUAUGCAGCCCUUCACACCAGCAACACCUUCCGGCUGUCCUUCUGCCACUCGCAUGUUGUCCAGCAGCUCUUCUGUGAUAUCCCUUCUCUGCUGAAGCUGUCUUGCUCUGACACCUUCAGCAACUGGAUCACCAUCCUUGUCUCUAUUCUGGUGUUUGUUGUUGGCUGUUUCAUUUUCAUCAUCAAGUCUUACAUUCACAUCUUUUCUGCUGUGCUCAGGUUACCAGCGGGAGCAGACAGGACAAAGGCCUUUUCCACUUGUGUGCCACACAUCCUCGUAGUGGGGGUCUUCGUCAUCUCAGGCUCUUAUGUUUACCUGCGCCGCUCUGCAAUGUCUGCCAGCACCUGGGACAUGGUCCUGUCUAUAUUCUAUUCUGUAAUUCCUCCCAUCUUCAACCCUAUUAUCUACAGCCUCAAAAACACACAGAUACAAUGUGCUCUUAGGAAACUCGUGACAAGAAUGCUCUUCUCAGGAAAUGUGCUCAGAAUCCCUACCCAGCUUAGUCAUAGUCAUGUUGUGGGCAAUCAGUGCAGAUAA